UAUUUUUAUCCUGUUACUAUAAAACUUCAUGGAGCUAUUACUGUGUUGGAGCAUGGAAUUUGGUGGUAACCAUGAGCCCAUGCUUUCCUGCUUUGUUUACCAAUUGUAACAGGUGUAGUUUCACAGUGUAUGCUCUGUCUUAACCAAGUAUAUAUAUUGAAAGUUGGCAAAGUACUUAAGAAUUGCCUUGUGGGAGGAGGCAGUUCUGCAAUUUAACCAACUCUAGUUAUUAAAAAAAAUAUUUAAUUCAUUAUUGUGAGUGUGCAUGCUGUGUUUGUCUGAGGCACGCAUACAUGCCAUAUGAGCAUGUGGUACAAUGAGAUAAAUCCGUUUCCACCUUACACUUCCAGAGAAGCUAAAAUCUUCGGGCUUUCCUGCCAACCGUUUUGCCUGCUUAGGGGUCUCUCUGAACCUAAAAGAUCCUAUUUUCUGAUCCGUGCACUCAGCAUUCCAUAUCAUAGUUUAAACUAACCGUUUUCUUGUUUACCUCCACAUAUUUGGCCUCCAGCUCAGGUUUGAAACAAAUUCAACUUUAAUAAGUCUAGUAAAUUCAGAUGGCCUCUGAGCCUUAUUGUUGCAGGUGGGAAAAAGAUAAUGUCUGAGAGAAAAUAAGAGUAUUCAGCAGCAAUUCUCUAUGAUUAAAGAGAAGGUGAGGUGCACUGUGGAGUACAAAGGUGGGGCCCCAGCAGAGUCAGGCAGAAAGAUGUUGGCAUAAACCUACACCAACCUUUUGCCAUCAGCUGUCUUUUCCUUAUGGUUUAACUGUCCUAGAGAGGGAUGGAUCGCUCACCUUACCUACAGGAAGCGCAGUGAGAAUGUCUCUGGGAGUAGAAACUUCAGGAAGACCCAGUGAUGGGUCCAUUUGCGUCCAUCCCCCAGCCUCCCAAACCCGGUGCCAUUUAAUAACCUUCCCAGAACUGUCGAGGUGAGACAAGAUGGUCUCCUCUGGGAGAGGAGGCACCAAGCCGUCUUCUCACCCAGCCCCGCUGUCUCCGCGUCCCGCAGCGCGCUCCACAGACUUUGAGGGCUCCGAGCCCGCGAGCGCGCGCCCGUGAGUGCACAGAGGCCAAAAAACAUUGCUGGUAUUUUGAAGGACUCUAUCCCACAUACUAUAUAUGCCGUUCCUAUGAAGACUGCUGUGGCUCCAGGUGCUGUGUGCGGGCCCUCUCCAUACAGAGGCUGUGGUAUUUUUGGUUCCUGCUGAUGAUGGGUGUGCUGUUCUGUUGUGGAGCUGGCUUCUUCAUCCGCCGGCGCAUGUAUCCACCACCGCUCAUUGAGGAGCCCACAUUCAACGUGUCCUAUACCAGGCAGCCACCAAAUCCUGCUCCAGGAGCACAGCAAAUGGGGCCGCCAUAUUACACCGACCCUGGAGGACCUGGAAUGAAUCCUGUUGGCAAUACCAUGGCUAUGGCUUUCCAGGUCCAGCCCAAUUCACCCCACGGAGGCACAACUUACCCACCUCCUCCCUCCUACUGCAACACGCCCCCACCCCCCUAUGAACAGGUGGUGAAGGACAAGUAGCAAGAUGGUACAUCGAAGGCAAAGAGGAUGGACAGGCCCUUUUGUAUUCCUCUCCAUCCUCACUGAUUCUUGCUAAUAGAGUGGUCCAAGGGCACACUUCUCUUUGAUAUUUUCAAAGCAAGCCCAGCUCUCUUUCAAGUUUUUUGUGGAGGACAUUUGAAUCCACACUGUCUCCUCUGUUGCUUCUGUUUCUGAUGUAGUUUGUGCUCUCUGAGAGAGUGUGGCAGCAGUCCCUGAGGGCCGAUAUUCCUAGGGUGGCAUGGGUAGAUCCUCGAGAGAGAGGCUAAGAGGGAAGGAAGGCAUAGCCUAUGUGUCAGGGAGCAGAUAAAGCGGUCAGGCUGAGCUAAGACUCACAUGUGCAGUAGCUGGCAGUGAAGUCCCAAGAGACACUAUCCCAGCCCCUUCCCCUAAUAGAAGCUGUGGGGAUGUGCUGCUGAUGCUCUUGGUGUCCACUCACAGUUUGAAAAUAGGCUUUCCUCUGCAGGAAUAAGAAAGACCCAAGUGCAUAUUGCUUCCACUAAAAAACGAGGGUCGGAAUCAGGCCUCAGUUGGACAUGUGUAGUUAAAUAAAGACCAGUAGAGAGGGCAAGUCUUUAAGUUAGGGAAAAUUCUCUAAAUGGAGACAUUACAUUUUAUGAAUCACAGUCUGGCUUUUCUUUUAGUGCAUGUAUUAAAGUGAGGGCGUGUUCUUUGAGAUCAUAUGGAGAAUGGAAACUGGGGGGAUCUCUGCUCAAAGGGCUUCAACACCCUUUUCUUAAGUAGUUCUGGUGAUGGGCUUUAUGGACCCUAUAGAGCUGAGGGACACAUUAGGCUGGGUAGUUACAUUGACCCCUGGAGAGGGGGAGAGAACAGCCAAAGAGACCCAGCAAAGCAAGCCCAGCAUUGCUGAGUAAAAGCUAGGGUUAUAUGUGAUUCCAGCAGAGAUGUGCUGGCCUCAGAAAAGGGGAUGUUUGUGGAUAGAACAGUGAAAACCUACUUAGUUGCACAGACCACAUAAUCAAAAGUAGAGAAAGAAGUGUAGUUAGAGAUGCUGUUUCCUGGGUGAGAAUCAGAGCUCAUCCAUAGAUUUACAAGUAGUAGCGGGAGUUGUUAGCAGUGCCGAGUUCUGUUCCCUUUUAUAGUUAGUCAUGUUGAUGUGUAUUUAAACCCAGGUUGAGACCUUGUGUACUAAGAGCAAGAAAGUAUAGCUAAGAUGCCUAGAUUAUUUAUGUGUAGUAUGGUGGGGAGUGGGCUGCAAGGAAGGGGACUGACUGAAAAUGAACUAACCAGAGCCAUUUGAUAAACCGUUACUUGUUUAACCGGGCAUCUAAACGUGUCUCUUGAGUGGACACUGAGUAUUCUUUAUCAUCCACAAGACCAGGAGGCAAGGUGUCAUUCUCCGUUGGGAUAUUUAUAGGAGGCAGAGGUUUAGGAACUGAAAGUAGUUGUGUGGGCUUAGUUUAAGGACAGAAGGCUUGGAGACUUGCAGACUGUUUCAUAGGAAAUUGCAGGGAAGAAAUGGAUAUCUUUAAAGACAGUUUGCGGAUGCAGAUGCUGCUGCCAAUCAUUGAGCACCCUUGUGUCUGGUUUCCUGUCACUGGAUCCAUUACCCUUCCAUGCUUGGGUCCUUGUUUUACAUAAGACGACAAAGCACAAUGUCUGCUGUUUACAAUCAAGACGACUACACGGUCCAAACAUUUCCUCUCUCCUCUAUCACUUGUGGCUUUAACUUCAAUUUCUUCUGUUCCUUUUUAAAACCAAGAAGCACAGUCAGAGCUGCCCCUGGGAUUACACCAGGGAACGGCUGAUCAAGGCACUCGGUGUCCGUGACUAAAUCUAAUCUUUUUGAUAGCAAAUCCUUUUGAGAAACUGAACGACUGAUAGGGCUCAGCAAUUUUAUACUCCAAUGUCUGUUUAAGAUACAUUUUGUUCCCAUCGAGCCCGCAUUGGAAUUCCUUCAGACGUAAAUACUGACGAUGCCUAUGGAAACUGCACCUCUAGGGGAUGUUUCCUAGCAUUCUUGUUUUCUUCUGUUUGGUGAGUAAGGCUCACCUCUUCCAGCAGCUCCACUUGUGUGCUGAGGUCCUGUACAGCCGGUGCUUGGAGACAGACCUGAAGCAGACUUGUGCAUGCUCUCUUUUGGCAACACUUGGCUGACGUUUCUUCUUUGUUCUCUUUUGAUAGAGUCCUGUUUCCUAUGUAUUUAAAAAAAAUAAAAGUGAAUUUAGUCACA